CGGCAAGACGCUCCCCGACAGCAGCAGCCGCAUCAGUAGCAGUGGAACAAGCAGCAGCAGCAUCAGUAGCAGCAUCAGCAGCAGCAUCAGUAGCAGCAUCAGCAUCAUCACCAUGAGGAGCAGCUCCAUCGCCGUCGGCCACAGGAGCGCGACCGUGAGCGGCGCCGCGGGCCGCUCUCAGUCGUGGGCCUCGGCGCCAGGUCCCGGCCACCGCGGCGCGGGCCAGGCGGUGCUGGCGGUGUCCGAGGCGUCGCAGGUGGUGCAGGACGAGAAGGAGGAGCUGCAGGUGCUCAACAGCCGCUUCGCGGGCUACAUCGACAAGGUGCGCCUGCUGGGCGAGCGCAACAGCGAGCUCAAGGCGGAGCUGGCCAAGCUGCGGCACAAGUCGGCGGGCCCCAGCAGCCUGUGGGCCGAGUUCGCGGCGCCCUUCGGCGAGGUGAAGGAGCGCAUCGCGCGGUGCGCGCACGUCAAGGGCGCCGCCGACAUCGCCAAGGGGAACCUGCAGGAGGACCUCGACUACUGGGCGUCGCGGCUCGAGCAGGAGCGCGCCCUGCGCGACCAGGCGCUCGGCACGCUCAAGGAGUUCCGCAAGGACGUGGACGACGCCACGCUGCAGAAGGUGGACCUGGAGCGCCAGGCGGAGCAGCUCACGGCCGAGAUCGAGUUCCUCAAGAAGCUGCACGACGAGGAGGUGGCCGAGCUGCUGGUGCAGAUCCAGGAGGCGAACGUGUCCGUGGAGCUGGAGGCGAACCGCCCCGACCUGGCGGCCGCGCUGCGCGACAUCCGCGCGCAGUACGAGUCGGUGGCGACGCAGAACGUGGCGGACGCCGCGGGCUGGUACAAGAACAAGUUCGACGCCCUGCAGCAGCAGGCGGCCAAGCGCGACGAGCAGAUGCGCGCCACCAAGGAGGAGAUCUCCGAGUUCCGGCGCCAGGCGCAGAGCCUCCAGGGCGAGAUCGACGCCUUGCGCAGCCGCGGCGAGGCGCUGGAGGCGCAGCUGCGGGAGAUGGGGGCCGAGCACGCGGCCCGCCUCGCCGAGAUGCGGGACGCGGCGGCGCUGCUCGAGGCGCAGCUGCGCGGCCUCAAGGCCGACAUGGCCCAGCACCUGCGCGCCUACCAGGAGCUGCUCAACAUCAAGCUGCAGCUGGACGCCGAGCUGGCCACCUACCGGCACCUGCUGGACGCCGAGGAGAAGCGCCUCAAGGGCGGCGUGGCCUGAGCCCAGAUGCCAAGACAGGACGACUCAGCCGAGCCUCCCUCCUCCUCCUCCCAUCGCCUGGAGUGCCCAGCCUCACCGAGUCUCCGGCUCGCCGCUCCACACGCUUCGACAGAUCACCGUGUGACACACACACAGCACCAAACAGCGCCCUGUCACACCCACCAGCGUGCCUUGUGCCACUCUUAGACAUACGAUCGUGUUUCACACACAUCACAUGACCGUUACACACCCGUCACGUUGACACCACAAAGUGUUGCACACACCACCACACCCAUUGCCGUGCCACACUCAUCACCCAUCACCAUGCCACUCCCAUCAGCUUGUCCCACGCGGUUGUCACACGGAGCGUGACGCCAUCGGCAUCACUGCAUCCCCCCCCCCCCCCCCCCCCGGGGCAGCGCGAUAACCCCGCUGGCUGCGCGAGGCAGUGGCGCUCCCCGGACUUUGUGUCUCUGGCUGGUCACGUGCUACACGCUGCGCUCAAGUUGUUCGUCAGCUACGCGAGAAUAAACUGGAACGAGACCGCGA